CUAACAAUGUUUCUUUCUUGAAUUCAGUAGUGAAGGGGAUUAUAAAUUAGAAACUCAACAGGUUCUGCAUGCUCAAAUAGUCACUCCUCAAACUAGACUGUGUGAGUACAGAACAGAAGGUGAAAAAGAACCAAUAUGGACCAGAGAUUUUUUGCGCAAACUCCUUAUCAAAUACCGUUCUACAGCUAUGGAGCAGGUUUUGGAUGUUUGCAGAGAGCGGUUACAGACCCAGCAAAACAAACAAUGUCGAGUCAGUCUAAUAGAUCGACAUUUAGCAUCGAAUCUAUCCUUACGCGCGACUCUUGUACCAGAGAUACAGACCCAUCUGAGUCAACAUCGAUUAUCAACAACGAACGAUACUUCCGAGGACGAGGGUAUGUACACACAAGGUUUCAUCCAUACCUCAAUCUUCCUCGAACUAACUUGGGAGGACAAACCAACACCUUUGUGAAAGCAAGUACGAAAAAUGAAAAUAAAGAAAAAAGUGCUGAACAAAAUAGUUGGUGUCUCGACAAACCAAAGCGCAUGCGUACUAUCUUUACAGUGGAGCAACUUGAACGAAUGGAGAGGGAGUUUGACAGACAACAGUACAUGGUCGGUACGGACAGGUUUUUUUUGGCCAACGAACUUGGACUAACAGAAACACAAGUCAAAGUCUGGUUCCAAAACCGAAGAAUAAAGUGGAGAAAAAAUAACCUCGAAAAACAGCAUCUUCAGUUGAGCGGGACGGUGAAGACCAAUGAAAAUGCUUGGAAUGAGGACAUUAUUCAGUUUGAUUGACAGAUCAACUGCCCGCUGUAUGCGCAUGAGCAAAAUAAGCUAACACUAAAAUGACUUCCGAGAGAAACAAUCAGAGACCAUGAAAAUGUUAACCAUCCAAUCGUAAUGCUUUUGAAAACAGACAAAAAAAGUGAAAAAUUAUUAUUGCUCUAUAA